GCAAUAUUUCCGAAUAGCCGCAUCCUCGCAAGUGCAUCGUUCGACUAUACAGCACGAUUGUGGAACCUCGACAAUGGACAACUCAUUAGUUCACCACUCCAGCAUGCAAAUCAUGUGUAUUGCUUGUCAUUUUCCGCGGGUGGAAAACUGCUAGCCACUGGUGGCCGCGAAAAACACGUCAACAUAUGGGAUGUUGCGAUUGUGAAGGAAGCUGGCUUCGAUGAUCUUCUUUCAGAUUCAAAGGCGAGUUGACUGGUAUAUUGCAUUCUCACACCUGAACGCGCUCUGCCAGGGCGACAAGUCGGUACUCCAUGCUAACGCUACACGAAGUCCAGUCCAGCGACGUCCGCCUGCUCCUCAGGUACCCCAAGGUUUUUUCGAUGGUGUCACUGUCUCACCAGAUCGUUCUCAUUUUUCUACACAAGGCCGUCCUCACUCCUCAGCACAGCCAAGUAGGACGUUUCUUGACCGCUUGUUCCACCGCAGCUCCUCAGAUACUCAUGAUACUUCACCGUCCUCUCCUCUCAACUGGGCUCAAAAUCUUUUGAAACGGCGUAAACGUAGUGGUGAAGAAAUUGAGUUGCAAGUGCGCAACUCUGCAGUUGUUGAAGUUCCGUAUGCAAAAGGCAAACGUAGAAACGCUUCAGCGAGGGAGGUUGCGUUCGCGAAACAGAAACAGAAACAAAAAAAGAGACAGAGACAGAACACGAAACCAUCGGACUCGAAGAACUCUACUACGGGCAGCUCAAUGUCUGUCAAUCCCAAUGUCGCUAAGUCAUCACAAGCUGCUGACUCCUCGUCUGCCACACCUGCCAUUGGCGAUGCUACCACAACUACUGGUACAACUUCAACGCCAUCACGCCCUGACGUAAUACUCAGACAGGCUGGACUCUGGACUCGCAUCUGGCUCUUCAUUGGUUGUAUUCCUCAUGAACAUACAGAUGAUCGUCAUUAGCUCACGAUUUUCUCAUUCUUCACGAGUCACAUACCUUUACAUCUCUCGACGGACUCUCAUUGAUAUGCUCUGCCUACUCGUCCACUCCCUCUGAUGCAUUUCGAACCAUCCUUUAUGUAGGAUACUGAGACCAGACUGCACUAAUUUUUAUCUGCGCCACGAGGUGACCUCCAACCUCUUAUAUUCCUUUCUCGUCGCUGGUGCGCAAUGUACGACAAUUGUAACACCAUAUCAACCUUUUCCUGCUUGAACGA